AUGGUCUCCCUGGUACUCUUGAUCUUGGCCCCAGUCCUUAUCUUGACCGCCGUGGUCGUUACAGGCAUCGCCCUCUUCGCCCCCGGCGCUUCAAACCCCAAACCCAAGGUCACUCCGACUCUCAUCACCCCUCUCGCUCCUAUUCCAAAGGUCAUAUUCACGACGCGGAUCCUACCAGAGAAGGGAGAGGUCACUACAACGUCACUUCUUCCCAGCAACAUUUCCACAACCACACCCCUCCAUCCUUUUGUUGAUAAGAUCCCGUCAUCGUCCUUGUCGUCUGCUAACGUCAUUACUACAACUAAGGUCCCUGACGUUGUCACCACCACCUCCAAGGGGCCAGAGGUUAUCACCCCCACGAGCGUCGCUCUUCCACCUCCACCUCCUAUUGCUGUACCCACCACCACCGCCGACGCCAAGGUGAUCCCCAUUCUCGUCCCUGCCUCUGACCCCGCACCUGCUCCUGCAGUCCCCUCAGUCAAAAGCAUCAAGGAAAAGAACAAAGACGACAAAGAAAAGAAGGACGAGGACGAAGAGGGGGAGGAGGAAGAUGACUGGGAGGAAGAUGAGGAGGAUGAUGAGGAGGAAGACGAAGACGAGUCGUCGAAUAUUAAUGGCACGACCGCCAUCCCGGCAGUCAAUGCUUCUGAUAGUCGUCAUGUCGAGACUGUCAAGUAUGAGAGUGGUUCUGACAAGCGUAAGGGUAGCAUUAACAGGAAGAAGAGAGCUGUCAGGAUGAGACGAUCUGUCGCAUUGAAGCAAGGUGAACAGGUGAUUGAUUCACAAGCAAAGUCUACCAACAAAAACAAGGACAAGAAGCCCGCGGUUGUUGAAGAGCUCCAGAAGCGGAUUGACGGGAUUGUCAGGGAGCAGAGUGCGCCCUUUGAGGCAGAGCUCUUCAGGAUCAUGACCAAUCUCCUUGACAGCCAAGACGCUGUCGAGUACCAGGACGUCCUCAGUUACAUUGAGGCUACCACCAGGCAGGAGGACUCAGAUUCGUCUGUCAACGACAAUAAGGAUGCUGCCACUCAAGCAAAAUUCCACGCCCAAGACGAAGCAGCCCACGCGCCAGCCUCUGGCUUCGACCCACGCGCGCUCCUCAACACUCUCCUCCAACCCUUCGUCAUCCAAUUCCGCACCGACGUCCGCAACACUGUCAUUUUCAUCUGCGGCAGCCAACACGACGGCCUCAUCGACGGCAAGAUCAACGGUAACGACGACUAUGCCAAAAAAGCCGCCCAGGACGAUAUCAUCUCCACCACCCAUUCGGACGGUGUCCACUUCACGGACCUGUACGAUCCCAAAACUGCCGCCCUGGCGCUCGACUGUUUGAAGACCCACUUUGGGCAUUUGACGGCGGCGUUGGGCAAGUUGCUGGUGGAUCGGUUCGCGGCUGCGAAAGAGUUUUUGUUGAAACAGGUUGCGGGAUUGGCGGGGGUCCCUCGGUUCUUGAUUCCAUUUUCGGAGGAAGGGGAGGAAAAGGGUGCUGCAGAUUUUGUGUCUGCUGUUGCAGUUGCAGUUGGUGACGCCUCGAUGUCGAGCGAGGAAGAGAAGGAAAGCGUUGAGCGGUCAGGAACGUUUGCGAAGUGGUUGGUCGAUAGUAUGGUGCACGAAUUCCAACUCGCCGUCGAACAUGAUCAGGAGCUCGCUAGCGGUGGUAGGAGUAACAUUGCGUCGGUCGCGAAUCUACCCGAUGCUGAGGAGAAGGAGAAGGAGGAAGAGGUGAGCCGCCCACUGGUGGCACCACGCGAGCCAUCUCAGCCUAGAAUUUGA